AUGGCACCGCCACGCAUAUCCCUCAAGUUCCUCGGCACGUCGUCGAUGCCGAAUGCCACUCGCAACUACUCGAGUCUGCUGGUCAAGGUCGACAACCACACCGUCAUGGUCGACUGCGGCGAAUCGACGCAGCGUCAAUUCCAGGCCCGUUACAUCGGCGGAGACGAAAAGAUGGCAAACCUAAAGACUAUCCUCGUCACCCAUCUCCAUGCUGAUCACGUGCUCGGCAUUGUGCCGCUCCUCAUGUCCAUGAUGGGUCCCUCGGGCACCGCUGCCAGCGCCAGCGACGCUCCUAGGGUCGAGAUCUUCGGUCCUCGCGGCCUGCGCGCCCUCAUACGCACCACACUGACGCUGUGCUACUCCAAGCUGAGCGGAAAGUAUGUCGUGCACGAGCUCACCUGGCCUCGGCCCGACACCCACACCAGCGCUAGCGGCGGCUCCAUCCCGACAUCCCUGCUCGACGAGCCAGAUCGACCGAUCCCCGCCCUCCCGCCGCACGAGAGCGAGUUGCCCGGCCGCGACAUCCCGAUGGAGCUGGGUCCAGCCGCCUGGACCCGCUUCACCAGCUUCAAGGCGCACGGCCAGUGCCCGCGGGUGCACAUCAGCGCUGCGCCCAUCACUCACCGCUGCCCGACGCUCGGGUACACGUUUGAAGAGGAGUGGGCCACGUCGCCGCUCGACGCCGCCGUCCCGGAGCUGCUCAAGGCCAACGCUCAGGCGCUCCUCGACGAGCGCAACAUCCGCAACCCGCUCUCGCUCCUCCCACGCCUCACCCAGCAACGCGAGUCGAUCCUCCUGCCGGACGGAACCAUGCUCCACCCGCCGCCCCUCGAUCUGCCCGGUCGCAAGGUCACCGUCCUGGGCGACACGUCGGACGCCACGGGCGGACUCCUCGACGGCCUCGCGGGAACCGAGGCAAAGGCACGCGGCAUGGCGGCGCUUGCACGCGGCUCCGACGUGCUCGUGCACGAGUCUACCAACAUCGCGCUGCCCGCUGCGCUUACAAGGGACGGCAAGGCCGAGUCAAGACCCCAGGCCAUGGUCAAGGCGGCUGAACGCGGCCACUCUACGCCGCAGGGCGCCGGCGCGUUUGCGGCACUGGUACGUGCCGGCUGCCUCAUCCUCAACCACUUUUCGGUGCGGUACCCGGCACCACCACACUACUUGCUUGGCAAGCAGAUCGGCGGCCCCAACGACGAUGGAGCAUCGACGACCGCGAGCGGAACUGAGCGCAACGGCAGUGGUCCAGGAGGCGCGGGUCCCGGCGCGGCGAGCAAGCAGGGGCCGAGGCAGCUCGGCGAGCCCGAGCGGAGGAGCCUGGUGAUGCGCGAGUUCGAGUCGCAGGCUGCCGAGAGCUGGCGUGCCGCCGCUGCUGCCGGCGAGGGCGGGAGCGGGGGCGCCAUGACGACCGACGCCGAUGUCCAGCCCGGCUUCGAGGUCAAGGCAGCGUACGACGGCUUCGUCUACGAUGUCCCGCCCAGACCGAGGGUGGCGUCCCGCCACGUCCCCUUCUCGCGACCAGGAGAGACGUGGCACGCCGACCCGCCGCACCCUGCCGCCUUUUCGACGGCGAGCUACGCCAGGAGGAGCAGCAAGAAGGCUUCGGCCAGGGCGGUGGUCGCUACCACCCCUGCGGCAGCCAAGUACCAGAGCCGAGACGGAGACUGGGACCCUUCGCCGUACCUGCUCGACGAUGUGACAAGACGCGAGGCGCACGCCGUCGUGCUGCUCAACUCGCCCAUCGGCGACGUGCAGAAGCGGCAUCUUGUGCGCAUCUGGGAGACGGCCAAGUACCGCCUGUGCGCGGAUGGGGCGGCGAAUCGGCUGGUCGAGGCGUUCGGGUACGACUGCUUCGUCAAGGGCACGCGCGACCAGAUGCCGCUGCCGCACGCCAUUGUCGGCGACCUCGACUCGGUGCGGCCCGAGGUCAAGUCCUUCUUUGCAGAACAGGGCGUCGAGAUCCUGCUGCGGCCAUCGCAGUAUGCGACCGAUCUGCAAAAGUGCAUCCAGGCCGUCGAGGACCACGAGGCAAGCGCAGCCGGGGACGGCGCGAGGAGCUCAGAGCUGGUGCUGCUCAUCUUUGGCGGGCUCUCUGGCCGUUUCGACCAGAGCGUGCACACGCUGCACGUGCUGUGGCAGCUGGCACCGGGUGCUGCGGAUCUGGGAGGCGUCGAGGACCCGAGCGAGACCGAGGCGGCGGCGAGCGACGGGCGCGGAGGCAAGCUGCGGAAGCGGCGGCGGACGUACGUGGUGGGCGACGGCAGCAUGGCGUGGCUGCUGUCGCCGGGCAAACACCGGCUGCGGAUGUCGAGGGCGGUGAUGGGCAAGACAUGCGGCCUCCUCCCCCUCGGCGUAGGCAACGCCGGUGCAAGAAUCUCGACAAAAGGGCUCGAAUGGGACCUCGAGGGCGAGCCGCCAUCGACGCUGGGCGGCUUCCUGUCGACGUCCAACCACCUCGCCCACCCAGACGGCGAGGUCGAGGUCGAGACAGACCAACCCGUCUACUGGACCGUCGAGCUCAAGCAGCAGGCCGGCGUGCUGGAGGAGGAGGAAUAG